AUGGAUAGUGAGGAGGCGCCAGUCCAGCGGCCAGUCACGUUGGACAUCAUGGUGGAGGAUGUCACCCAGGAGACUCCAUCCCCAGAUCCUCCAGCACCAACGAACAGUCAGACACCUGCCAGAGAUGACAUCCUGGCACAGGUAGAGAGCAUUGACCUAGAAGGAGACUUUGCAACACCCCAGGGAGACAGCAGUGCUUCACCCUCAGAAAGUCCAAUGGACAGGGCCAAUGAGCAAAUGAUGGAGAGUGUCAUUAUUUCAGAUUCACCUAAUAACAGUGAGGAGGAUGAUGUUGCUCCCAUUGAUUUAUUCCUCGAUGGCGGAGAUCAUGAAGGAAGUGAUAGCGAAGUACAAGAGGGGAAUGAAAGCUUCAUAUCAUGUAACACUGACAACCAAACUGACUCAAUACAGAUUGUGACUGAGACUGUAGUUUCAGAUGUCCACCAAGAAGAAGAGUCGGAGAAACAAGAGACAAACUCAACGGAGCAAACUCAUUCAUCUCACAUUGACACGCUGAGUCUAUCAAGUCAAAAGUGUGAGGAAACAUUGUUUGAAAAGGGGUCAAAUCUUAAAGAUGAACCAGUGCCAGUGUGUACUGUAUUUAGCCAGGGUAAGCAGCCAAAUUCACUGAUACCUGAUGGUUUCCAGCCCACCCUCAUCAAGAGUCCCAGUUUUAGCAUGGGGACUGGAGUGGGGAGUGAUGAAGCAGUAACCCCCAGCAAGAUGACCAUUCCACUCGUAUGCCAGCCCAGCCCAAGCCUGAGCAAAUUCUUCAGUGACAAUGGACAGGCCAAUGCAGCCUCAGACUUUUUUGAUUCCUUCAUGGCCCCCUCCUCUUUCAUCUCAGUUUCCAACCCCAAUGCAGCGAUCCAUCCAUGCUCAACAGCAGCACCUGGAGCUACGGACCCCCACCAGUUUUCUUCUACUGCCACCUCCAGCACUACCCAAGGUGCUCCCACCCCUAAUUCAGAACAUAUUUCUGCCGGUCCAGAAUUAACAGCCAAGCCUCAACUUCCUCCAUCGCAAACAUUACCAUCUCCAAGUCAUCCACCUUCCUCAGCUCCUGUCACUCAGCCACAGCCUUUCAACCAGCUUCAGGCUGUAUUUUCGGGAAGUGAUGAUGCAUUCGCAACAGCAUUGAACCUGAGCGAGGUGGACAGACGCCAUGAUGCAUGGCUGCCAUCUGAAGAAACAAGGAAGUCAUUGCUUUCCAUGGCCACACUGCAACAUAGCCCAUCGUAUGCAGAGAGCAAAAGACUCACAAUGCCAGGUCUCAAGUUUGACAACCUUCAGGGUGACGCUGUAAAAGAUUUAAUGCUUCGAUUCUUGGGCGAGCAAGCAGCCAUGAAACGACAAGUUCUCACUGCCAGCUCUGUGGAACAGUCCUUCCUGGGUCUCAAACAACUGAUUAGCAGUAAGAACUGGCGAGCUGCUGUUGAUUUGACAGGCCGUCUUUUGACAAGUCAUGGCCAGGGAUAUGGUAAAGCAGGACAGCUGACUUCCCAUACCACGAACUCACUCCAGCUUUGGUUUGUACGUUUGGCUCUUCUCACCAAGCUGAACCUCUUCCAAAAUGCAGAGCUGGAAUUUGAAUCUUUUGGUGAUCUGGAUCAGCCAGACCUCUUUUACGAGUAUUACCCAACUAUAUAUCCCGGGAGAAGAGGAUCCAUGGUGCCAUUCUCCAUGCGGUUACUGCAUGCAGAGCUUCCCCAGCACCUGGCUAAGCCCCAGGAGGCUCUGGACCGCCUGCACAAUCUCAAAACUGUCUGCCUCACAAUCGUGGAGAACUUGGAGAAAGGCUUGGCUGAGGAUGGCAGCAUGAUCACCUUAACAGAGGAAAAUAGGCAAGAAUCUCUGAAGCUGUGGAAAUCUCGUCUCAGUCGAGUCCUCUACUCCAUGGCCAACUGUCUACUGUUGAUGAAGGACUAUGUUUUGGCUGUAGAGGUUUAUCACUCAAUCAUCCAGUAUGAACCCCAGCAGAGAGCACAGCUGUUAAGUGGCAUAGGACGCCUCUUCUUGCAGAUUGGAGACAUUAAAACAGCUGAAAUGUAUUUCUGCGAUGUUGAGAAAACAUGCCAGAUUCCGGACAGCGAGCCCAGCCUCACAACAUGUGUGCUGAUGAACAGGGCAUUUGUCUACCUCAGUCAGAACAACUAUGCUGAAGCACAUGCAUCCUUUAUGGAAGUUUUAAAGAUGGAUCCAAAAAACCCUGUUGCCAACAACAACGCAGCAGUGUGCUUGCUGUACCUGGGCCGGCUCAAGGAGUCUCUGGGCAAACUUGAAGGCCUGGUGCAGCAGGACCCAGCCCUCUACCUCCACGAGAGCGUCCUCUUUAACCUGACCACUAUGUAUGAACUAGAAUCUUCACGAAGCACCCAAAAGAAGCAGGCGCUGCUGGAAGCUGUAGCCUGCCGGGAAGGGGACAGCUUCAACACGCAAUGCCUCAAACUGGUUUGA